AUGAUCUCUACUGGCUUCCUCGGGGUUGCCACUAGGUCUCUCUUGCGCUUCGAGCAGGCCUUCGCGCUCUUGAAGCCGUCACCGUGCCGCCUCUUUGCGCCAGCUUUUGUCAGUUUUGGCCAGCGAAUGGGCCUUACCGCGAUCGAGGAGACCUUCGUCGGCGCUUGCGAGGACGUUACCGAGGAAACCGGCGGAGAUGCCGAUCCGGAUGCUGAGAUGACGCUUGUCAACGAGUCGGCCCUCCAGGAUGCAGACGACAAGGAUGCAGGGCUCCUCGUCUUUGACUCUGCCACCGACGAGUCCCUCGCCUUCCCCGCCCUACAUGUUACCCUCAAGACUCCUGUCACGGCGUCGGCUCUAAAGGCUAACGCCCCCAUCUUCAUCCCUCGCAGUUAUGCCAACAAGCGUUCCCUUGCGCUCCGAGUGGACGCUCCAGUCUUUGUUCCUAGCGUUGCCCGCCGCCCCCAGGCUCUCCGCGCGGACGCCCCCGUUUUCGUUCCUCGCGCUGGCUGAACGUCUCGUCUCGUCUCGCCUUCGGUUGCUCCGGCCUACAGCCUCUCGCUCCAAAAUCUCUCGAACUUGGUAUAAUGUUUCUGGCAAAGUCGACGCCU